AUGUUGUCGAAUGAACUGGGAUUAGGCGUCGACAACGUCCAGCAGAUCAAGGCUGUUCUCCCGGACGGGAGGUACAUCACUGCGAACCGGUGCCAGAACCAGGACAUCUUCUUCGCUCUUCGGGGCGGCGGCGGCGGGACCUUUGGAGUGGUGACCGAGAUGAGUUACUCUGUUCACCCCAAGAAGCCUAUGCAGUUUGCCCGAAUCUCGAUUGCUGGGAUCAAUGAAGAUGUCAUCUCCGAGUUUUUCUCAGCUCUCAUUGCCAAUGCCGACAAAUGGGCGUCUGAAGGCUGGGGGGGAUACAUUCUGCCUGCUGGGGUGGGCGAAGCGUCGACGAUUUCUCUGGGCACUACGAUGCUGGAUAUUUCUGAGGCUCGGGCUUCCAUGCAGCCUCUAAUCGAUCUUGCCAACAGACCUGCCGGUUCGGGCACGUUAGGAAACGCGAGUGUCAACUCGGCGGAUUACUAUAACAUCCUUCAAGCCAUCAUUGCUCGUGAAGAGAACUUGAUUUUCCCCAGCUCAGCCUGGGCCCUCUCCUCUCGUCUCAUUCCAGACGAAUCCUUCAAAGGCGAUAACCAGCAGCGACUCUCAUCGACUCUGCAUAACAUAAUAAAUACAGCGCGGGGGCAAGAUGUGCCGGCAUCCUCCACGUUGCUAAUCUACGCCGUGACGCCCAGCCUCUACUCUCGUACAAUGCCAAAAACAGAUCUUCCUGGAGGCCCCGGAGCGUCGUCUGUAUCACCAGUCUGGCGAAAUGGGCUCUGGCAUGUCAUACUUACCCGGCAGUUUGAUGGCACAACAACCGAUCCAAGCACGGUUCAGGAGAUUUGGCAGACAACGCACGAGAUAAUGAAUCCGUUGCGAGAACUUACACCCGGUGGCGGCGCGUAUCAAAACGAGGCAGAUCCAUUUGAGCCUGACCCCAUUGGUUCGUUCUGGGGGGAGGAAAACUAUGCUAGGUUGCUCCGAAUCAAAAGAGAAGUCGACUCGACGAAUCUGCUCACUGUUCAUAACGGGGUUGGGUGGGACGAGACGGAUGGAAGAUACAGCUGCUAUCCUGACAUUAAGGUGUGA